AUGUCGCGACCACCAGCACCAGACUCGGCGUCGUCCAGCGUCAUGUCCUCCGGGCCAGGGCCGCUCGGCGGACUAGGCGGAGGCGGCAGCGCCGCGUACGGCAGCAGCAGCAGCAACACUCCCAGCAGAGCGGACCAGAUUACAUACCGGUUCUACAUCAAGACCGUGUCUGUGCUUGUUGAUGGGCGGGUGACGCACUUUGGCAAGGGGGAGAGGAAGAAGGACCGGUGGUUCAACCUCACUGUCCCCGACACGGACGUGCACAAAGCCGACCUUACGAUCUACCGCCAAAUCUCAAGCUACACCGAAGUUCCGCCGCUCAUGAUCGCGUUCAUCCUCGACACAACCGAUAUCCCCGCCGGCCAAGGUAUCAUCUGGAACCCACGACCAGCCGGCGAUGGAAGCGGCGCCAGUGUGCGCGUCCCGAUCGACGUUGGCAAGCGCAAGGGUAUCGUCCUCGAACAAUGGACGUUCAAGUGCUCCCGCGGCCGCAAUUUACAAGGGGUGACAGAAGGCAAGACAUCAAUCAACUUGCACGCGACACAGCCUAAACCCAUGACCAUGACCUCAGAGGCUUUCCUCGAUGAGGCGACUGUUUGUGUCGCGCAGCCGCCGCCUGCGCACUGUCAGCCGUCACAUGACGGCUUACAGCACGCAGCUAUCUCGACUUCUGACAUGGCCCCACCGACAGCAUACCGUGUUGGCAUUGUACACUUCAGAGCACUAUACAGCUUCAUCCGACUGCUGCCCGCCUACCGACUAUUCCGACGGCUCCGAAGGCAGAACAACGGCCUUCGACUCGGCAUCAAACUGUGGGCCCCGGACGGCUACCCCGCGGACGCCCUCGGCGAGGCCUGGGACGUGAUCGAGCGCGACCUUGCCGGGAUCAAGGUGCCGCUGGAUAAUCUCAGCAGUGCGACCGGCAGCGAGACGGAGCACUACGACUUUGCGCCCCUGCAGCUGUUUGGCAGCACGUAUGAGCUCGGCGUGACGUACCGCCCCAACGUGGACUUUGAAGUGGAGGACUUGGAGAGCGUGCUCUCGGAGCGAUUCGUGGACAUGGAUGAGGAGUGGUUCACGCCAACGGUGGCGCGACACCGCCUCGAGAGCGAGCGCUCAGGCGCUGGCUCAGGGUCGAACACGACGAGCCGCUCGGCAUCACGCGCCGGGCACCAGACGCCGUCACGGCGUACGUCAAUUGUCGUGUCUGGCACGCCGGGAGCGACACCCGGCAGUCUCGGUGCGGGCAAGUGGAGCGCGAUGGCGGAGGGGCUGCCAUUCGCCAUCAGAGCUGGAGCUGGAACCGCAGACGAACCGCCUUCCCCGCAAGCAACGAUACCGGCGUACAGGCGGCUGAGUGCGCACUCGCUGCAGCCGUUCCAAUCGAUCAGCGCGUCGCCUACGGCGUCCGUGUUACGGGGCCAGACACCAAAUCUGCCGAGCAGCGCGGGUGCCGCCGCGCGCGCCAUCCCGAGCAGCGCAGGCAGCCAGCCGAUGGCGCGGACGAGCUCCUUCCUGAGCCAGUCGGGCCGAUCGCACUCGCACGCGCAGAUGGCAUCGAUGCAGCCGUCGACAUCACACGAGACGCCAACGCACCAGGGCACCCCACCCCUCGGGCCGCCGAUAGGUGUGUCGCCUCCCACGCCGUUCCCCGCGAGCCCGAGCGUCAGCAAGCGCGCCAGCAUUGCACUAGCCAGCUCGAGCCCGUUCGUCGGCGGCAGUCUGGAGCGAGACUCCCCCUUGCGCCGGGGCAGCCUGGGCCGGUCGCCGAACAGCCCCAUGCUGCGACGAACGUACACGCGCGAGUCUCGGCGGUCGCUAGACGAGCCCUCGGGCGACAGCGACGACAUUCACGCCUUCCUCCGCGCGCUCGACAGCUGGACCCCACCCGCGAGCGUGGGGCAGGGGAGCGGCAACGUCGCUGGAUCCAGCGGCAGCGGGCAGGGCAGCAGCGGGGCGGCCGACUCGCCCGCGCGAAGCGUGGAGCGCGACCGCGUCCCCCUCACACGCACGCAUGUCGACGACAUGCUAAAGCGGAUGGCGGGCAGCUUCCAGUCCCCGACACCAGGGAGCAACUCGGGCCCCUCCAGCGCAAGCAACACGGGCAGUCGGCGGAGUUCCCUCUCCGGCCCCAGCCUGACACGCAGACCACAGCGCCUAGAGCGACCGGGCCUCCUCAGCGCCAGCCGGCCCGUGUCGACCGCGUCGUCCCCCGCCCCAACGCGCGGCAUCAGCACGCUAGCCCACGACGCAGAACCAGAGCCUGAGGCCGACAGCUCCGAGCGAGGCCUAACGCGCACCUCGACUGUGCCCGUGCAAGCGGCGCAAGCCAAGCCAAAGCUCGGAAGUGGGGAGGCCCGCUCCCUCCCGUCCGAGACGCCGCUGCGUCCCCCCCGCGGCCCGAUGGUGGUGCGCGGCGGCUUCGGCGCGCUCAAGGUCGGCAAGCCGUGCUCCCCCUCGCACAGCCCGGUGCGGGACCGCGGCGAACGCAAACUGGAGCGCGAACUGCCCAAGGGUGUGGGCGGGAUCACAGAUAGGUCGGGCGGCGUGCCGUCCUCGCGGGAGAGUAGCGGGGACAAGCCACGGGAGGGCAGUCUGGCCUCCCAGGCGACGGCGACGGCGGCCAGUGGGGAAACUAGACCGGGGAUCCAGCGGAUCCGCUCUAGUGUCGCGAGCGGGGGGCGGGGCAGCCUCAGCCGCAGCGCUGGGUCGGGGUCGCAGCAGAGUCCCGUCUUUGAGGGGCUUAUGGCGAAAUUGGCCCAGAGCAAGCUGGAUGCGCAGGAGAGGGAAAGGAAGGCGUCUGCGUGA